GCCGUCUCGCGUGAGCUGCUAGCACUGUUGCCGAAACAAGCAAACACGUCCAUGUGUAUGCGCUACCUGUCGAAGAAGGGGUGCAUCUGUCCAGCGCCAGGACAAUGCUUUAACCCGAGCAGGGCCCACUUCAAGCCUCUCGCUCUUCCCGCCGACACGAAGCAGUUCAUCGACACGAAUUUCCUCGGCCUGGCUACAGAGUUUCAG